AUGAGCUACGAGCACCGCCGGGACUGGGGCCGCGGGCGCGGCGGCGAUGGCGGCUCGGGCUCCGGCGGCCCCUCGGCGGGCGGGCCCGGCGGGCGCGGCGGGCGCGGGCGCCACCCGAGCCACCUGAAGGGCCGCGAGAUCGGGCUGUGGUACGCGCGGAAACAGGGCCAGAAGAGCCGCGACACCGACCGGCAGCAGCGGAUCGUCUGCACCCAGCCCAGGAGGAUCAGUGCCAUCUCCGUGGCUGAGAGGGUGGCUGCUGAGAGGGCAGAGGCCUGUGGCAGUGGCAAGAGCACGGGGUACCAGAUCCGCCUGCAGAGUCGGUUGCCGAGGAAACAAGGUUCAAUUUUGUACUGUACCACGGGAAUUGUCCUCCAGUGGCUCCAGUCGGACAAGCACUUGUCCAGCAUCAGUCACGUAGUCCUUGAUGAAAUCCAUGAAAGAAAUCUUCAGUCAGAUGUUUUAAUGAGCAUUAUUAAAGAUCUGCUAAAUAUUCGACUGGAUCUGAAAGUCAUACUAAUGAGUGCUACUCUAAAUGCAGAGAAGUUUUCCGAGUACUUUGACCACUGUCCAAUGAUUCACAUCCCUGGGUUCACUUUCCCGGUGGUGGAAUAUCUGCUGGAAGAUGUAAUUGAGAAGUUGAGGUACAGCCCCGAGAACACGGAGCGGCGGCCGCGCUGGAAGAGGGGAUUCCUGCAGGGCCACGUGAGCCGGCCCGACAAGGAGGAGAAGGAGGAGAUCUACCGGGAGCGAUGGCCCGAGUACCUCAGGCAGCUCAGGGGCAGGUAUUCAGCAAGCACUAUUGAUGCCCUGGAAAUGAUGGAUGAUGACAAGGUGGACCUUGACCUCAUAGCAGCUCUGAUCAGACACAUCGUGCUGGAAGAGGAGGAUGGUGCAAUUCUGGUGUUUCUGCCAGGCUGGGACAACAUCAGCACUUUGCACGAUCUCUUGAUGUCACAAGUCAUGUUUAAGUCAGAUAGGUUUAUUAUCAUACCUUUGCAUUCACUGAUGCCUACUGUUAACCAGACUCAGGUGUUUAAGAAGACCCCACCAGGAGUAAGGAAAAUCGUGAUUGCAACCAACAUUGCAGAGACCAGCAUCACAAUUGAUGACGUCGUGUUUGUGAUAGAUGGGGGCAAAAUAAAGGAGACUCACUUUGACACCCAGAACAACAUCAGCACCAUGGCAGCAGAGUGGGUGAGCAAAGCCAAUGCCAAGCAGAGGAAGGGUCGGGCAGGAAGAGUUCAGCCAGGCCACUGUUACCAUCUGUACAAUGGGCUGCGUGCCAGCCUGCUGGAUGAUUAUCAGUUACCAGAGAUCCUGAGGACACCCUUGGAGGAACUCUGCUUGCAAAUCAAGAUCCUGAAGCUUGGUGGAAUUGCCUAUUUUCUGAGCAAACUAAUGGACCCACCAUCUCGUGAUGCUGUCAUGUUGGCCAUAAAUCACCUCAUGGAGCUGAAUGCUCUGGACAGGCAGGAGGAGCUGACUCCCCUGGGUGUCCACCUUGCACGGCUGCCAGUGGAGCCCCACAUUGGGAAGAUGAUCCUCUUUGGGGCCUUGUUCUGCUGCCUGGACCCUGUGCUCACCAUUGCAGCCAGCCUCAGCUUCAAGGACCCCUUUGUCAUCCCUCUGGGCAAAGAGAAAGUUGCAGAUGCAAGAAGAAAGGAGCUGUCAAAGAACACGAAAAGCGACCACCUGACUGUGGUGAAUGCUUUCACUGGCUGGGAAGAGACUCGGCGUCGUGGCUUCAGGACUGAGAAGGACUAUUGCUGGGAGUAUUUCCUGUCCUCCAACACCCUGCAGAUGCUGCACAACAUGAAGGGGCAGUUUGCUGAGCACCUCCUCGCAGCUGGGUUUGUGAGCAGCAGAGACCCCAAGGAUCCCAAAUCUAACACCAACUCGGAUAACGAGAAGCUGCUCAAAGCCGUCAUCUGUGCUGGCCUCUAUCCCAAAGUGGCAAAGAUCCGGCCCAGCUUCAGCAAAAAGAGAAAAAUGGUGAAAGUUUGCACCAAGACAGAUGGAUCAGUUAAUAUUCAUCCCAAAUCAGUUAAUGUGGAGGAGACCGAGUUCCAUUAUAACUGGCUCGUGUACCAUCUGAAGAUGAGGACCAGCAGUAUUUACCUGUAUGACUGUACAGAGGUGUCUCCAUACUGCCUUCUGUUCUUUGGAGGGGAUAUAUCCAUCCAGAAGGAUAAGGACCAGGACACCAUCGCUGUGGAUGAGUGGAUUGUUUUCCAGUCUCCAGCAAGAAUAGCACACUUGGUGAAGGUGACUAUGUUUAGUAAUAAUAAUGUACAUGGAAGGCUCAGUAACACUGAUCCGUGGGAAUUUCUGGAUUUGCUGUUACUGUGUCCCUACGGAUUCAUCACUCAGGGAGAUAGUGGUUGAAAUGCAUUCCCAGUG